CCUCUGCAACAUCUUAACCAGCGAAUAAAUCACGCCCAUGCCCAGUUGAUAACGAUGAUCUCUGCUCUCUAACGCACAACUAGGUGGCGGCAGUGACACCGCCAUGCGCACCAACGUCUUCACAGGAUCGGCGGGGCGAAUUAAUCAGCUGCAAAACGCCUACACAUGUCGCAAAAUUGAAUGAUAUGUCAAUAGACUCCUUUGAUUGAAGCGCAGUACAACGAAGAGAUAGAAAUUUUCAAUAAUCUUCGAGGAUACCUCCCUCACCCUCCGCUGUACUAUGAAACAAAUGGAAAUGUCAGUGUGACAUUCAGGGAAACCCUGACGACAAAUAAACUGUGCGCAGACUCAUGAAUAGACCCGCGUGAAAAAUACCACCGGUUAUCGAUUAGACGAGUGGCACUCAUGUCAUGGAGGAUCUCCUGCAACAGAUCGUCCGGGAUUCACAAAAUGUUAAAUUAUCGAAUCUACGAAAAGCAGCGCAAGAUGCCUAUGAGUUCAUGGAAAAACAGCAGGGACUGCUACGCGAUCCCCCUCAUGAACUGCGGAGCAAGUGUCUCCAUGCUAUUCAACUCGCCCUGGAGACGAAAAGAAGCAAAUUCGUGUAUUACGGAAUUUCUGGAUUGCACAAAAUACUGAGAGACGAUCGAUUUCAAUCGCCCUACGAACCGGAGGAUGACUCACUGUGGCUGCCAGCUCAGAUGUUGCACGCAAUGGGAUCCAUACUGUCGCAGUCCGACGAUACACAAACGGAUAUGCUUAAGGUGCUGUUGCAAGUCGCCUGUUCGGCGUACUGGACGAUGAACGGCCGGUUGAUCAUUGCCAUCCUCUCCACGUGCUGCGAAGCGUUUGAAAAUGGUAACCAAGCGGUCAGGACGGCUGCACAGGCGGCGACUAGUCAAACACUCAGGUCUUUUUGUCUCUUCUUGGAUGAAGAAUGCCAGGAGAUGGAUGAGUACGCAAAACGCAAUAAAAAUUUGCGAGAAAGAGGAGUCUCCUGUUUCAACGAAGUCUUGCCAAUCCUUCAAUACAUUUGCAGUCGCUUGGACGAGGCGCAAAGGUUUUCAACCGGCAAAAAUGGGUAUACGGUGGUGUUUCUCCUGGAAUGCCUGCACACCCUCAUCUCAUCAUUACCCCAAAAAAUUCACACGAAUGCCCACUUCACAACUUUCCUCUGGCAGAAAUUCUGUCCGGCAUUGAUCGCAUUUCUGGGUACUCCACGUGUGGACAAAAGUUUUACCUCGCGAGAGGGUAAAGACACUGAAGUGGGCCGAGGCUCCGGUUACACAACAUCAAAUUUGAGCUUCGAUAAUCAUCAGGCAAAGACUGUCUACAGCAUCGGUACGGAACUGGUUCGCCUGGUGGGCUGCGUCGGGCCCCUCCGUCCGGUCCUGGAGUCAGUAUUCCAUCGGAUGCUACUUUACCCACCCCCUCAGCAGCGGCUGGAGCCCCUGAAAGCCCUCCGAGAGCUUCUCCGUAGUCCAAGUCGUAUGGUAGACUUUACAGGUCCCCUUCUGAUUGAAGAAGAAAAGACGAGUCAACCCCAGAGUGACAUGGCCCUUAUGAGGUUGGCCAUGGACUCCAUCGAGGAGUCUACAAUGGCAGGACAGCCCAUUCUGUAUGCAAGUGUCUCUUGUGUUGUUGCGAUGCUGUCAGCUCUGCAGGAACUCUGCGAAGGCAAAGCGAUCAGUCACAGCUAUACCUGUACGAUAAACUCACUAUAUGAGAGCCUGGAGUCCUGUGAUUAUCGUGGCCCUCUGACGUACCAAAGUAUGUCCAGACUGCCGAAGACCUACCGUGAGCAGCUGGAACUGAUGAAGAAGUCUAGCGGCUCCGAAUCAGAUUCAUCUGGUCACGGCCCUUCGGAGGAUGGCGAUUCAACUGACACAGAGGGCCCCCAGAACGAAUCCGAUGACAUCAACGAGGAGAACAGCAUUGACGAGCAUGAUUAUGCUAUUGAAAAUGAGAAGGAGCGACUGCGACUGGAGAAAUUGCCAAAGUGUCUUCACGUUGGCAGACAAGCUGCCGAGGAAUGCAAUGUAGACGUUGAGAGACACAAUGCCCGUCAGUUCGUGAAGGUCCUUCGAACCGACCUCAUCCCCAACGUUUUAAAUCUUCGUAGUAAUAUUGAGGUUGACGAGGCACUCCAGAGUUUUGCAUCUGAAUACUGUCAAAGUGUCUUCGCGGCACAGCAGAAGAUUCAGGAUCGAACGCAAAUGAGCGUUGACACUUGUGCCUUAAUCACGAUAAUGAAUGCUGAUGGCAUUUACUUAGCUACAUACGCAGCCCUAUUACUCAAUCUGAAAUUAAUCAGAAUGAAUUAUUACUGCUUGGAGGGUCGUCAGGUGCCGAUCAGUGAGGAACAAUUUGUCGAAGAAGUUCACGGAUCGGGCGUUCUCGUGUACUUAUCAGCAACAUGGCUGUCCGAAUUGUAUCAGCAGAUCUUGGCAUGCAAUCUCCUGGAGAAAUGCGGUUACAAUCCAUCCUCGACCGAGAAUUGUGCUCUGGUGAAUAUUUUGGUUGACGUUGAUGGAAUCAGCGAAAGCCAGCGGGGAGGACAACUGCUGUCUGACUACCGACGUCUCGAGAAGGCCCAGCUUUCCCGCAGUGAGCCAACUCCUGAGGCCGAGGCAGGUGCCAAAUUAUCUCGCAGGGUAUUGUCCUGUUGUUGGGCGAGUAUGAUGACAGUUUUGACGGCUGGACUGCAUCCUGUCAAGGAGGAAUUCAAUAAAGGUCUCCUUAAUCGGGAUAACACGUGCCGAGGAGUUCGGGAUACAGUGGUUCUUGCAUUGGAGGGUCUUCACAAGGCGGCGACUCUCAGUAAUAUUUUGGGACUCCAGAGCCGGUGCGGAUCUAUCUUCGCUUUAUUGGCGAAAGCAGCUUGUACAGAGCCCGCGAUAUCAAAAUUGAAGCGCACUAAGGACGUUCUAAGGCUCAAGUUGCAAAACAGGGCGACUAAUAUUCAUACAUCACAUGCACUGAGUAUGGAGGUGUUACUUGGAAGGGGACUGGAGCUUGGAAGUCAUGGAUCUGACUGUUGGCCGCACGUUUUCACCUGUUGUUUGUACGUUAGCAAACUGGAGCAUGAUUUCUUUGGUAGGAAUCAGACCCUCUCACUCCCGAAAGUCAUAAAGAAGGAGAAAAAAGAGACAAAUACAUCCGAUUCAAAAUCAAAUGAUAAAAAUAAAUUGAAUUUUAACAUCGUUGACGAUGACGAAACUUGUGUUGACGUCUACAGCUUUCUGUCGACUCCCUACAGCCAGAAUACAAUAACAGAUACUAUUCCAGAGAUCAUUCACGAGUCCAACGCUGAUAAUCAGUUCAAUGGGAUUCUUCCAGCUGAUUACGCAGCUAAAAUCAUCUGUGUUUUAUCGCAGCAAGUUGAUAGGCUGUUUGAAGAUGCAGCUUUGAAGUUGAAUUUGAAGGCCCUGUGUUCCUUCUUAUCAGCUUUGUGCUGCGCGAGUAAAGAUCAGCUCUUCAAAUCCACGGAGAGCUGCCGGGACAGCAAGAAGUUCUGGUGGAAGAAGAGCAAGCCGCGAGAAGACGAUUUGAAUGUUCUUCUUCUUUCAAGAUUGGGAGAGGUCAUGCUGAAGUGUGUGAAGAGCGGACGGCCGCUGAUUCACGUAAUGAGAAUUUGGAGUAUUUUAGGUCCUCAUUUCAUGGAGGCUGCUUGUCACAAAGAUCGCGAGAUCUCGAAGAAGGCGGUUCAAUGUAUCCACGAUUCAAUGGCGGCAUUGUUGAAUGAACAAAUUGAACUGCCGCACUUUCAUUUCAACGAGGCCCUCUUCAAACCCUUUGAGAAUCUCCUCUGCUUGGAGCUUUGUGACAGCGACGUGCAGGACCAAAUUGUCAGCUGCAUCUGCGAAUUCGUCGAGACAAAUAGAACUGAAAUCAGGUCUGGAUGGCGACCCUUAUUUGGAGCGUUACGUGUAGCUUCUGUUGGUAAUUCGGAUUCGGUUGAAUCAGCACCACUUCUUGAGGUGUUUCGAGUGUUUUUAUCGACCGAUAAUACACUUGUCUUUGCUAAUGCUGCCUUGGACUGUAUUCUGUGUCUUUUGAGACACGUACGAGGCUCGGGAGAGACCGAAACACCCCACGAUAUCGACCAGAUCAACAAUGCGGAGAUCAGAAAGAUGAGAUUGUGUUUAGAAAGUCUGAAGUACUUACUCAACUGCAGUGAUAUAUUGUCGUCAAUGUAUCGAAUGCCUGCAUGCCCUAUUUUCCAUUCAGCCACGAGGAUUCAACUGUCUACAAUUCCCCAGUACGUCGAUCCAAUCAUUCCGAAUCUGGAAUUGACAAAAUUCGAGAGAUCGUCCGAAUCAAUGCAGGAGAUUGUUCCUGAGAUUUCCUAUGAGAUUCUUUCAAGAGUCGAUAAGGCGCAGACGAUAACCCUCCAAAGUAUGGAGAAACCCAGUGGUAUACUGAGGGUAUGGUAUCUUCUGAUAGAGGGUCUAGCCAGUGCCACAAUGAUUUGUCCCAGAAGAUAUCAACCCCACACUUUGGAAACCCUCUUUCAUCUUCUUCGAGAUGUUCUGAAUGUACCAGGGCCGGCUUUCGGCCUCUACUGCGUCAACCAUCUACUUCUUCCGAUGGUACAGAAUUGGCUGAGAAUGACAUCGAAGAUAUUCCGGGGAUGGGACAACUUUGCCCCGAAUUUCAAGCAAUGCUGUGGGCUCACUACAGAUUUGGUGGUGGAUUACUUGACUCAUCUUCAAGGUCCAGAGGUCAAGCGAAAGGACGAAUUACUUCCGGCAACUACACUUAUGCUUAAGCAACUCCUAUUAGUGAUGGCUGAGUGCGUUGUACAACAGACUGAGAGUAUCGCGAGGUUGGGCUGCGCUUGUAUCAGGCAUAUUCUUGUAAGUAGCGGACCAAUUCUCACCCCAGAGCAGUGGGAAGUCUGUGGUAUUGCCUGCUAUCGUGCCUGUUCAAAUUCCCUUCAGGAAUUGCAUCAACUUACGAUGGCAUUCUCACCGAGAUCCGAGUCUUUCUACGGGGAUAUUGCACAGGUCAAGGUUGCCGCCAGGCGUGAUGCUACACCCGAAGAAUCCGAACGACUUCGUCAACUCUCGGCACAGGUAUUUCUUCUUGCUGAGCAACGACCAGAGCAUCCCCAACAGCACUCGGAUGAACGGUCCUACGUCUUCCUGCUCUAUCCACCGUCGGUUGCCUCGACAUUGAAUCCUGAUUUAUAUAUUGUACGGGUACAAUUGAGAGCAUUAGUUGUUGGAUUAUUGGUGCAUCAAAUGUUGUUGCAGUGCAUCGCCAGUGUCCUUCUACCAGGCUCAGCAGGUUCAAUAUCAUGUUUUACGAACGUGAUACCGAACUCCAUCUCACCAACGUCAAAAAGUCCCCCAACGAGUUGCAUGUCUCAUCUGACCUCUCGUCACAUGGAUACAUUCUUAGCCGCCCUGGACCUCGCCUAUGCGGCGGCCCUGAAAUUCGACGCCCGACCGGGGCUCAAAUUUCUCCUUCAAAAAGUUGCGAAUUUAGAUCAGCCCGCAAACCUCUAUCGACAGGCAGAAGCUGCCUGGACUAUUAAAAUUCUAACGCUCUUCGAGCUUUCCCUGGUCGAGAUAACGAAAACCAGAGCCGACCUUGAGAUCGUCAAAGCUAUUAUUUCUGAUGAAAAUGUCGAGAAAACGCUGAAUAAAAUUAGAUAUCAUCAGCUGAUCAAGUACGUGAGACAGUUGCGAACAACUUUCGAGACUUUGUGCGAGAAUUAUGUUGACGUUGUGUUGAAUCGCGAUGGGAAAUAUUCUUUGGCUGACAGCUUCGCCGAGAGAAAGAUUUUCCUUCUGGUCGCCCAGCCCGAUGAUUUUCCAGAAAUCACGAGCAAGGAGUCCAUGGACGUACGGACCUUUCACCCUAUGAGUCCAGAUACAUCUGGCGAUGAUCAUGGUACACCAGGUGAAUCCAGUCUCGUGGGCGAGGAGAAUGGAAAAAUCGAGGAGGAGUACCGAUCUCUCAAGCUUUUUGAUUUAGCUUCUGAUUAUUAUUUGGAAUCAGGACCAGAGUCUGAAUCAGAAUCUGAUGAUUCAAGACCAUCAUCACGACCAACGUCUCCGAGAAAACGAAUUAUUUAUCGCGCAAAAUCGCCGGAGAAUUCCGAGGGAGAGAACUGCUCUGACAAAAAUUUGACGGAAACUCCAGGAAUUUCAAAUGAUAGAUUAGCAGAAACGCACACAGAAGUCAUGAAAAUUCCUGAUAACGACAAUUUUCACGAGCAAAAACCGUUCGGCAUUAGUUCGUUUGAUAAUUUCAAUGUUGACAGAGUUAGAAGUGAAAAUAGUCUACUAUCCAGACGAAAUUCCCUGAAGUUUAUCGUGAAUUAUGACUUGAAAGACGAGGAAUAUUUUACAAAAUUCCCGAGAUCAAAAUCUCUGAUGGAGUUGCACAGAAUUUACGAUGAUAAUUACACUAAAGUGUCUUCGAUAUAUCGAAUUAACAAUGAGCCUUUUAACAAUAAAUUAGUUGCUGUGAAGCAAGAUUCUUCGGAUAAUGCAGGGAGUUCGGUGAUAAAUUCCAAAUAUGAGGACAACGUUGACGAUUUAUUGAGGGAGUACGAGAAGAGUAAAAGGGGAUUUAGGAUAAAUCCCUUCUUGCAGGAUUAUCAAGGCAGUUUGGGGGAGAGAAUAUCAGAGACUACCAAGGGGAAAGCCAUUGGAAGGGACAGUGAAGCGCAUCGUAGGGCAUGGGCCGACACACUGUGCGUUGCUCUGGAGUGGGCACUUGCACUUACAGAUGACAACCUUAAACCACUUCUUCCAGUCCUAGUCGGUGGAGUUAGAACUCUAACAAAGUUCGCAGUUGAUCAAAAUCUCAAGCAAAAGCUCUCUACUCUGUUCCAUCGUAUCGUCGUACUCUAUGGCUUGACAAAUAACUAGAAUAUCCAAUGGUAUUAAUUUAAAGCUUAAUUAUUAAAUUAUCGAAACAUAAGAUUAUGCAGGCUGUAUAAAAUGGUUGACUGAAAAUUAAGGGAAACACAUUGAUGAAUUUUAAAAAAGUAUUCGACAUUCAAAAGUAUUUUAAACGAAUACAGCUCUAAAAAAAUAGGUGAUGAAUUUUUCUGAGGAUGUAUAUUCCUUUGUCUUUGACAAGCUGAUGCCGAUAUCACCGUAUAUGUAAUGCAUGAACAUUGUCAUGUUUAAAUGUAAAAUGUAUGAUACUGUAUUAUUAUGCCCAAUAUAUUAUUUUUCGAAGUGCUGUUGCUCAUAAAAGAAAAUUGAAAAAAAAAAGAGAAAAAAAUUGAAAUAUUUGGAAACGAAGGAGAAGCGUUCUGACUGCUGGCAAAUAAUGUAUCGAUUGCUGCAUCAAAUGAAUAAAUAUAUCGACAAUAUAAAUCCUAA